AUGAAGUUUCUCGCGACGACGCUGGAUGGCUGCGACGUGCUGCUGGGACGUGAUUGGCUGCGACGACACAACCCCGUCAUCGACUGGACAACGGGAUCGUGCUGCGUCAGCAAGCACGAGGGGCUAAUUAAGUUGCCUGCAUGGACACCUGACUACAUCCAAGCCCCGUGCGUCAAAGCCAUCACCAUCGCCCACCACUUCAACAGGGGUGCGCAGCUGUUCGCCGUCUGCUUGCGCGAGUUGGCAGUCGACACCGACGGAAAGGACAUCGAGAAGCUGUGUGCAGCUGUCCCUCCGGAUUUAGCGGAGCUGAUUCGACAGUACCCCGACAUUUUCCCGGACGAUCUACCACUUGGGCUACCACCCGAGAGACCCGAAGACCAUAAAAUCCAGCUGGAACCUGGCGCGCAACCUACUGUUCGGACACAGUGGCGGUUGACCCAGCCGGAACUCGAGGAGCUACGCCGACAAAUUGACGCACUGUUGGAGAAAGGCUUCAUUCGGCCGAGCACCUCCCCGUUCGCGGCACCGAUCCUGUUCACUCCGAAGAAGGACGGCGGGCUUCGCAUGUGCAUCGAUUAUCGCGCGUUGAACCGGGUGACCAUCAAGUCUCGCUACCCAAUCCCACGCACCGACGACCUUCUCGAUCAACUUCGCGGCGCUCGCUACUUCUCGAAAAUCGACUUACGUGGCGGUUACCACCAGAUUCGGGUCUUCGCCGACGAUUGUCACAAGACCGCGUUUCGUACACGCUACGGGAGUUACGAAUUCACGGUGAUGCCUUUCGGCCUCACGAACGCGCCUUCGACAUUUCAACUGACCAUGAACAGGGUUUUUCGGGAUCUUCUAGACCGAUGUGUCAUCGUCUAUUUGGACGAUAUCCUGAUUUUUAGCAAGACACGGGAGCAGCAUCUCCGCGACCUGGACGCAGUGUUUAAGCGGUUGCAGGAGAACCGCCUCAUCACCAAGGGCUCUAAGUGCGAGUUUUUUAAGCAGGAGUUGGAGUUUUUAGGGCACGUCAUCUCCCGCGACGGCAUCAAAAUCGACCCGGCGAAGAUUAAAACCAUACAGGAGUGGAAGGCCCCGACUAAUGUCACGGAGCUUCAGAGUUUUCUGGGGUUCGUGAAUUACGUCAGGCGGUUUAUCCCGAAUAUGGCGGGGAUAACCGGCCCGCUGACCGACCUGCUGCACAAGGACAAGAAUUUCGUGUGGGGGGAGGAGGCAGAGGCGGCUUUCCAGGAGCUCAAGAAUUUUCUCGUUUCCCCUCCUGUGCUGCGCAUCGCCGACCCAUCGAAGCCGUUCGAAGUCGUAACCGACGCCUCUGAUUUCGCCAUCGGAGCAGUGCUUCUCCAGGAUUUCGGGAACGGGCUGCAGCCGAUCGCCUACGAAUCACGCAAGCUGCAAGCUGCCGAGCGCAACUACCCGAUCCACGACAAGGAGAUGCUCGCCAUAAUCCACGCGUUUAAACUGUGGCGCUGCUACCUGGUGGGCGCCGACGUCACUGUGCGCACGGACCACAAGUCCCUACAGUACCUGCGAGCUCAACUGAACCUCAACCCGCGACAGAUUCGGUGGCUGGAUUACAUGGAGAGCCACUUCACCUACCGCAUCACGUACAAGAAAGGGGCGAAUAACAUCGCCGACGCCCUGACCAGACCGACCGUACAAUCCGCUGCUGUACUGAUAACCCAUUCGAACCCGCUACUUACAGGACUAUUCACCCACGGCUACACUACGGACCCGUUCUUCACGACAGGAAAUCAUCAGCAGGCCACGACGCAGAAGGGGGAUUAUUACCUAAAAGCCGGCACCGACAGGAUUUGGGUCCCCGCUUACCGGCUGCUGCGUGAACUCCUCAUACAAGAGGUCCACGAUUCGAACUACUCCGGACACUUUGGGGUUGAUAAAACCCAGAAACUACUGCACCGUCAAUAUUAUUGGCAAGAUUCUUCUAACGACGUGCAGCGUUAUGUGUCCUCAUGCAGGGUGUGCCAAGCAAUGAAAUCGACACGUCAGCGACCAGCUGGGCUGCUGCAACCCCUCGAGCCACCCGAAAGACCGUGGCAACAGGUGACGAUGGAUUUCGUCACGGGGAUGCCAGCUGGGCCGUCCGGCAACGACGCUGUUCUCGUCGUCGUCGAUCGCUUCACGAAAAUGGCGCACUUCGCACCAUGCCGAACGACAAUCACAGCCGAAGAAACUGCGCGCCUCUUCAUCUCAACGGUCGUGCGACUGCACGGCAUCCCUUCGGCGAUCAUCACCGACCGGGACCCGAAGUUUACAUCCAAGUUUUGGAAGGAGACAUGGGCGCAGUACGGCACGAAGCUACAGUUCUCAUCGGCAUACCACCCACAGACGGACGGACAAACCGAGCGAACCAACCAGACGAUGGAGCAGCUGAUACGGACAAACUGCCCCGACCCCGCACGAUGGGAAGAUUCCCUCGCCAUGUUGGAAUUCGCCUUCAACAACGCACCGUCGAGCACGACUAAUCACUCCCCGUUCUUCCUGAAUUACGGGAUGGAUCCGACGGUUCCCACGGCAACUUCGCUCGUCAAUCCGGUCCCGCGGUCACAAACUUUUGUGAUGGAACUUCAAAACAUCCACGAGAAAGCCGCAGAUGCCAUUCGCAAGGCGAAUACCACUUCCCGCAAAUACACCGACCUUCUACGCCGGGAACUCGUCUUGACUACUGGGCAAUUAGUGCUCCUCGACACGAAGAACCUGCACCUGCCCGGUCCAUCGAAGCUACGGCCCCGAUUUUGCGGACCGUUCAAGAUUAUCAAGAUGGUGACACCUGUCACUGCGAAGCUGUUGCUCCCGGAAGACAGGCGAAUUCAUGACGCCUUCCACGUCAGCCUGCUUCGCAAGUUCGUGCCAGCCACGACCGACAUCGCACGUCAGCAAGCUGCCCCGACAGCUCGACCUGUCCCGGAGCCGAUCCUCGAUCCUUCAAAGAUUCUCGCCCAUCGGGUCCGGCUUGACGCAGCUGGCCGACACGUGGAUUUCCUAAUCCGCUGGACUGAUCGCACCAGUGAGGACGACACGUGGGUGCCAUCCGCCUCGCUCGACGCCUCGCCACUUGUUGGUGAUUACUUGGCGCGCAAGCGUGUUUCGGAUAUUGACCGCCUUUCUUAA